GUGGAGGGAGGAGUUUAAGCAGAAAUGAAACUGAUCAGAGUCUGAGGUCUGAGCUGCAGAGUUUAAGACAUGGCGUCCAGUUUUUCCAGUACUGCCCCUUCCCCUCCUGCUGACCCUCUGGAGAGGCAGCUCAACUGCUCCAUCUGCAUGGAGAUGUUUGUGGAGCCGGUCACCACCAGCUGUGGUCACUCCUUCUGCAGAAGAUGUCUGGACAGGGCCUUAAGACUGAACACCUCAGCAUGUCCUCUGUGCAACAACUACUUACAGAGAACACCUGACGUGAACAUCGUACUGAGGAAUGUGAUAGAGGAGAUAAAGAAAGAGAGAGAAGAGGAGGAGCUGAGGAGGAGGGAGAGAGAGGAGGAGAUGAGGAGGAGAGUGAGAGAGGAGAUAGAGGUGUGGAAGAGGAGAAAGGAGGAGGAGAUGAGGAGGAGAGUGAGAGAGGAGAUGGAGGUGUGGAAGAGGAGAAAGGAGGAGGAGGAGGAGAGGAGAGAGCGGGAGAGACAACAAGAAGAAGAGAGGAAAAAGAGGGAGGAGGAAGAAUGUGAUCCGAGGAGGUUCAGGGGGAGACCAGGACAAGUACCCUGCAACAUCUGCACCAAGAUGGCCGCCACGAAGUCCUGCCUGAUCUGCCUCGUCUCGUACUGUGACGAGCACCUCCAAACACACGCAGCUAACGGCAGGUUGAAGGGGCACAAACUGGUGGAUCCGGUGGAGGAUUUGGACCAAAGGGCUUGUCUGACUCAUGGGCGCCCCCUGGAGCUGUACAGCAGAAAGCAGAACAAGUGCAUCUGUGUGUUGUGUAUGGAGUAUGGAGAGCAGGGGGUGGUGUCCACAGAAGACGAGUGGACCAACAAGAAGGCAAAACUCAUGAACACGAUCGAGGACCUGAAAGAGAGCAUCGUGAAGAGGAAGACCAAGAUGGAGGACGUCAAUGCCUCUCUGAAAAGCUGCAAGGAUCUGUUGGACGCUGAGUGGUGGGACAUUGACGCCGUCUUCUCCGCGGCGUUGGCCGCAUUAGAAGCGGCUCAGGCCAACGCGCUCAGACCGGUGGAGGAGAGGAGGCAGCGUCUGACCCAGGAGGCCACUGAUCUGUGUGAGACACUGCAGACCGAAGUGACCGCGCUGGAGAUGACCAUCAGCGAACUCAAUCACAUAUCUGCGUUUGAGGAUCAUGUGCUGUUUCUGCAGAAAUAUCCUUCCGUAAAAGAACCUGGGGUCAAAGACUGGGCGGCCGUGGAGCUGGACACUUGCAUAAAUUUUGGCUCUUUAAGAAAAAUUACAGCUGCAGCGAUGGAGCAGAUUCAGGGUCAUCUGGACAAGCUCACGGCUCUGGAACUCAAGAGGAUUACGGAAUUUGCAGUGGAUGUGACCCUCGACCCGAACUCAAGCCACAAACGCCUGGUUCUGUCCAAAGACCAAAAAGAAGUGAUCGACGGAGAAACAGAGCAGGAAGUCAGCGACGAUGUGAAGAGAUUUGAUGUUUUCGGGAGCAUCCUGGGGUCUGAGGGGCAGGACAGCGGCUCCAGGGCCUACUGGGAAGUGCAGGUCGGGGGCAAGAGCGGCUGGGACCUGGGCGUAGCAUUGGCUAAAGCUAACCGCAAAGGGAAGCUAACACUGAGCCCAGACGAAGGGUACUGGGCUAUAGUGCACUAUGAGGGGGAUAAGUAUGCAGCCCUGACAGCGCCCCCUGUCUUUGUGCAGCUGAAGCACAAGCCGCAGAAGGUGGGGGUGUUUUUAGAUUACGACGAAGGGCUGCUGUCUUUUUACAAUGUGAUGGAUAAAGCUCAUAUGUACUCUUUUACUGAAGCAGAUUUUAAAGGAGAAGUGUUCCCGUACUUUAGUCCACAUGUUAAAAAUGAGGGAAACACAGGGGCCUUGAUUAUUUCUACGCUUAAUUCCAGUUAAAGAUAUAUUAUGGAUUUUUCUGUCCUCACUUGGUUUAAAAACAUAGACUGUUUAUAUAAAUGGACGUAGCUAACGUGCUAGCUGCUACGUUCCAAACAGGAGAUAUCGAGAUAUGAACAUUAUAACAGACAAAUCAGAUGCCUUGGUGACUCUCACUAGUGUUAGCAAAAAGGUUUGAUUGACAGUUACCGUGUCCCAGUUCAACGGCUGCUCCGUUCGAAGGGCCCGGUCGACAAAGGUGUACUCCUCCGUGGACCGCAAAGGCCUUACUGAACUGGGACUGUAGGUGCGCUUACAUUACUGCCGCUUACGUUACGUCGCCUAGCAGCUGUUUUUUUAUUGCUGAUUUUUAUUCACAUUUUAGCAGUUUCAUGUAGCACUGUUGUAGGUGAGGGACACCAGUACUUACAUUUAAAAGUGUAUUCCGUCGCAGCAGCGGACUCCAUUUUCUCCUGUAGAAGAAGUGAUGCAUGAUGAGAUAUAGAAGGACACGAAGGAAAGUGUGCAACUGUCAAAUUGGGACACGGCAAUUGUUGCUAACCACAGGGCGUUACCUUCAACAGCCUCACUCCUGAUUGGCUCUUUGGUUGCUAUGACUCUCAUGAUCAGAAUUUCAAAUACAAAACUUGGCUCCAAAUCAUCUCAUAUACCUGCUCGAGCCUCGAUGAGCCUCAUUUGGAGCUGAACACUGUGGGUGACGUCAGACUCAGUCACUUCUUUAUACAGUCUGUGGUUGAUAUUUACACCUUUUUGGGUGAGGAAAAUACAUGUACCACUUUAAGACAGUUAUGAACCCUGAAUCCUUCUUAAUAAAAUAUUUGCUCAUUAUGACUCAAGUCUU